UUCAGGCGCGUUAGUCAACCUGGUGGCGCCGAGGAACCAACUGUUAGGAGUCAGUAGUCGAGGCAAGCGAGAGUCGCGUGUGGGAGCGUCGGGGAUCGGACAAGGCAGAAGGAAUUCUUUCUCCACGGAGAGUCGACAAAGUCCAGUGUUUCGAGAGUGUUUCCGACGAAUUUUCAAAACCCAAAAGCGAGUCCCUUCGCGGCGCGGUUGGAUCCCGCGCGAACCGAGGAGUGGAAUUUUUGAAUCGGGUGAACGGACGCGCGAGAGGGAGUCAGAAUGGUCGUCAAAGACCCGAAGAUGGUCACCGCGGAGUUGAUGAACCCGUACGAGAAACCGCCUAGUAUGUCGGUCGGCCAGACUAUGAGGACCUUUCUGUACAAUCGUGAGACCGGCGCGUUUAUGGGCAGGACCGCCAGUAGUUGGGGCAAAAUCGGACUCUUUUACCUGAUAUUUUACGGCGUCCUGGCAGCACUCGUCGCCAUUUGUUUCUGGGGAUUCUUCCAAACACUCGAUCCAAGGAUACCAAGGUGGCAGCUUGAGAGAUCCAUUAUUGGAACAAAUCCGGGAUUAGGAUUCAGGCCAAUGCCACCGGAGGAAAAUGUGGAGAGCACCUUGAUCUGGUACAGAGGCACUGACAGCGAAAACUUCAAACACUGGGUUGAUUCACUACAAGACUUUCUCAAAGAUUAUAUAACGCCUGGAUCUGUUCUUGGUCUCGGCGCUAACAUUAACAAGUGCGAUUACAAUCAGCCGCCACCGCCCGGAAAAGUUUGCGAUGUCGACGUGAAAAACUGGCAUCCCUGCACCAAGGAAAACAGAUACAACUACCACAAAUCCGCUCCCUGCAUCUUCCUCAAGCUGAACAAGAUUUAUGGCUGGAGACCAGACUUCUACAACGAUACUGCCCACUUGCCGGAAAAGAUGCCGAUCGAACUCAAGGAGCACAUCGCGAGUCUGAAGGGCAACAAUUCCCUCCAGCUGAACACCAUCUGGGUAUCCUGCGAGGGUGAGAAUCCUGCCGAUCAGGAGAACAUCGGACCGAUCAACUAUCUUCCGCGACACGGUUUCCCUGGUUACUUUUAUCCUUACGAAAACUCCGAGGGUUACUUAAGCCCGCUGGUCGCGGUGCACUUUGUCAGACCGCGAACCGGAAUUCUGAUAAACGUAGAGUGCAAAGCAUGGGCGAAGAAUAUCAAGCACAGUCGCAACGACAAGAUCGGCGCGGUUCAUUUCGAGUUGAUGAUAGAUUAACGAAAUCUGGAAGUGUCGGUCUUCGGCUGCUCGCGCGAUCUCCUCAAAAUUAACGAUGAGCGUCCUCGGAGGCUCUCGAGAUGGCCGAGUUAGGCGAAUUUUCAUCUUCCAAAUAUCCAGAUAGUAAGCGUACAUCAUUAGAUGUCAUUUUGACGUUCAAUGACGUCAGUUUGCUAUUUCGGUAAUAACGAAAUUGCGAGGCGAGCGAAACACAUCCCUUCGAGGUCGACGUCGAGGUCGACCUUCUCUCUCUUUCUGGACGAGAACCAUUGAUCAAGUACAAAACCGAGAGGCCUUUUUUCUUUCGCCUCCAUGCAAUCGACGACGCGAAAACUUUGGGAACGAAUGAAAUAAAUGGGAGAAUGGAAUCUCUCUCAAAGAAUUA